AGUUAUUGAGAUACAGCCUGUGGUUUGCAGUCAUUCAGAAAGCAGGAAGCUGAUGACAUAUACCAUGCACAGGAGCUGCAAAAGAGAUGCUAACCACCAUUUGAGACAGUACGAACAUAACAGAACCAUCUGUGGCUCUACGUUGAAGAGAAGGAUCUUAAGUUUAUCAAAUCCCAUUAACAUUAUUACCACCAAAGGGCACUGGGAAUAAAUAGAAACGAGUGUUUUUUGAUCAAGACCCCCAGAGAUAACCUGUGUUCAAUACCUACAAAGGGUUCUCAUCUGUGAUGAACUUAAAAGGAUUUUGAAUCAUGAACACAAAUGCCGCCAGUGCAAUGUUCUCAUCAAAUACUUUUUAACAUCAAUAGAGUCUAUCAAUAGCUUUCUAAGGAGAGAAAAAAAAGGUAAGAUAGUGGACGAUACUGUUCUCCGAACAUUUGUAUUUCUGGGCAAUUCUAGUUCUGCUUUGAUGAUUCAUUCAUCCUGUUUGGAAAUUCUUCAAGUAUAGAUAUGGUUUGAGAAAAAAACGUUUGAAACUUUCACUUGCUUUGCCAAAUUAAUCUAAGAGUUUUACGGAGGAAAUGAAUGCCAUAAAGUGUGUUCUUGUUGGUGAUUCUGCAGUGGGGAAAACAGCUUUACUGGUGAGGUUCACAUCUGAAACUUUCCCAGACAUGUACAAACCUACAGUCUAUGAAAACACAGGGGUGGAUGUCUUCAUGGAUGGGAACCAGAUAAGUCUGGGACUAUGGGACACAUCAGGAAACGAUUCAUUCAGGGGAAUUCGUCCACUUUCAUAUGCCCAGGCUGAUGUUGUACUGUUGUGCUACUCUGUGACCAACCACAACUCUUACCUAAGUGUAAGGAACAAAUGGAUUGGAGAGGUUAGAAGUCAUUUGCCUAAAACUCCUGUACUGGUGGUAGCCACCCAGACUGAUCAACGAGAAAUGGGACCACAUCGUGCAUCCUGCAUAAGUUCAGUUGAUGGGAAAAGACUAGCUCAGCAUAUUAAAGCAAAGGGCUACUUAGAAUGUUCAGCACUUAGCAACAGAGGAGUUCAGCAGGUAUUCGAAUAUGCUGUAAGGACUGCUGUCAAUCAAGCCAAAAAACAGGCAAGGCGAAGACUUUUAGAUUUCAACCAAUGUAAACUUUCUUAGGCUUGUAAAACAUAGUUAAACCUUCUGAAAUUGGCAUUCACUUGGAUAAUAAGUACAUUGUUCCUUUUCCUGAUAAUUACCCACCCUACUGAAUGACUGCGCACUUUGAUCCAUGGAUUAUCUUUAUUUAUUGAAUUAACAUAAUUCACUCCACAUCAAAACAUUUAGAGAAAAUUUUAAGUCUGUCAAGAUGCAGUACUUAAUGAUAAAAAGCAGAAAAAAGUAAAUGCUAGAUCAUGCAUAUCAUUGUAAGUCAUACCACUGUGGAUAUUAUUACCCAUUUUGACAGACCAAGUAUAUGUAUAUGCUUAAAGGGACAUUGUAUCUACAUUUAAGCAAAGUUCCACAAAUUAAAAUACUUUAAGUCAUCAAAUUGUGGAGACUAGUGUGUCAAAACAUGUAUUUUAUAUAUAUAUUUGUUUACCUUUGGUUUUAGAUUCUGGCUCUGCCCUUUCUAACCCUUGCUUAUAGUGUGGAAAAGUGAUAUCUUUGAAUGCUACACUGCAAAUUAACUCUAACAAAUGUGAUUCACUGCUGGUUUCAUAAAAGAUUAACUAAUCUAAAAAAGCCUUCAUGAACUGCAAAAUAUGCAGUCACCUGGCUUCUUAAAAAAUGAGUGUGCUGUUAGUGUUAAAUUAAAAAAAAACUGUUAUAGUGCAGUACAUUUGAUCUGGCUGUUCAAUAGUGUGUUAAAAUACAGGAAAGCAGCAGUAUCUAUGAGUUACAAUAUGUUCACUUUUAGAAAAAGUCAUUAAAUGAUCAUCAUGCAUGACCAGGUUAUCACUAUAUUAUAAUAGUUUGCAUACAGUUUAUCCUGUGAAAAUGAAAAUUAUCAUUCACUAUUAUAACCUAGGGAAUAACGGAUAAAUAUACAUUGUAAUGUUUUACUGUAUCAUGCGAGUCCCACAACUGCUCUACAGUUUUUCAUUGUCACAUUGUUUCAUGGCUAAACUCCUCAAUGUCACAUUGUUUCAUAACCACACCUAAAAUGUUACAUUGUUUUAUAACUAUUCUCAGAAUGUCACAUUGUUUUAUCACUAUACUCAGCAAUGUCACACUGUGUAGCUUAGAGACAAUUAAUUUUAUCUUGUAUAGCUGUUGUGUUGUCUGUAGUAUGUUAUAUUCCAUUCUACACAUAAACGUUGUUAAUAAAAAUUGUAUAUACCAUACCUGGAGCUUUUUUGUAACAUCUAGUCUAUGAUACCUCAGAGUAUAAGUAAAUGAAUAUAAUAUUUUGUUAUAUAUAAUUAAAACAUGCUUCUGAUGAUCGUGUAUCAUGUUCACUUUUUCAUAGGUAUGGAAAUGAAGUACGGUGCACCAAAUAUUUCAGUUAAAGAAUGGUUAGGUUGCUCGCGUUACUUCAAAUUAUGUUUUACAAUGACUAAUAAAUAUUGCUGCUUUAAACUGUUAAUGAAUUGUUAAAAAUGAUGACAUACAGCUUUAAUAAGUUUCAUAAUAUCCCAUACUUUAGAAAAUGUUGUGAGGAGACAAUGUCUCCCUUCUUAUAUGUGUUAUUUAUUGAUCUGUAUGUCUAUAAGGGUCAAUUAAACAAUCUCCCUUGGCGCAGCCAGAAUGAAGAAAUUACAGAUUUUUUAAAAAAAUUGUUUAUGAUUGAAAUGUACAGGUUGUGUGUUUCUUUGCACACUUGAUGUUGGUCAGUCAUUAAAGUUAAAUAUGAUGUCAAAAUUGAA